GCGGGAGCUGCGCUGGCCAGGGGUUCCGGCUGUAUUUCUACGAGCGCAGCCGGCAGCAGCAGAGCUGCGGGAAUCGGACUCCGGGCUAGCUGCACCGCUGGAGUCAACGAGAGCAGCUUUUAGGUUAAUUUGAAUAUAAGAUCAGAUCUGACUGGCCUAAGUGUUCAACUCUUCAAGGAAUAUCCACAUUCUCCGUGAGAGGAAUAACAACAUAGAGCAAGAUGAAUGCCAUGCUGGAGACCCCCGAGCUCCCCGCCGUGUUUGACGGGGUGAAGCUGGCUGCCGUAGCUGCUGUUCUCUACGUCAUCGUACGGUGUUUGAACCUGAAGAGUCCCACUGCCCCUCCUGACCUCUACUUCCAGGACUCUGGGCUCUCACGCUUCCUGCUCAAAUCCUGUCCUCUUCUGACCAAAGAAUACAUCCCACCACUGAUCUGGGGGAAAAGCGGACAUAUCCAGACAGCCUUGUAUGGGAAGAUGGGAAGAGUGAGGUCACCACACCCUUACGGGCACCGCAAGUUCAUCACCAUGUCAGACGGAGCCACUUCUACAUUCGAUCUCUUCGAGCCCUUGGCGGAGCACUGUGUUGGAGAUGACGUCACCAUGGUCAUCUGUCCUGGAAUUGCCAAUCACAGCGAGAAGCAGUAUAUCCGAACCUUUGUUGACUAUGCCCAGAAAAAUGGCUACCGAUGCGCAGUGCUAAACCACCUGGGAGCCCUACCCAACAUUGAGCUGACCUCCCCACGCAUGUUCACCUAUGGCUGCACGUGGGAGUUUGGAGCCAUGGUGAACUACAUCAAGAAGACGUAUCCCCAGACCCAGCUGGUCGUCGUGGGCUUCAGCCUGGGCGGUAACAUCGUGUGCAAAUACCUGGGGGAGACGCAGGCAAACCAGGAGAAGGUUCUGUGCUGUGUCAGCGUGUGCCAGGGGUACAGUGCGCUGAGGGCCCAGGAGACCUUCAUGCAGUGGGACCAGUGCCGCCGAUUCUACAACUUCCUCAUGGCCGACAACAUGAAGAAGAUCAUCCUGUCUCACAGACAAGCUCUUUUUGGAGACCAUGUUAAGAAACCCCAGAGCCUGGAGGACACAGACUUGAGCCGGCUCUACACAGCAACAUCCCUGAUGCAGAUUGAUGACAAUGUGAUGAGAAAGUUCCACGGCUAUAACUCCCUGAAGGAAUACUAUGAGGAAGAAAGCUGCAUGAGAUACCUGCACAGGAUAUACGUGCCUCUGAUGCUGGUUAAUGCCGCUGACGACCCCUUGGUGCACGAAAGCCUUCUGACCAUUCCAAAGUCUCUCUCAGAGAAACGGGAGAACGUCAUGUUUGUGCUGCCUCUGCACGGGGGCCACCUGGGCUUCUUCGAGGGCUCCGUGCUGUUCCCUGAGCCACUGACGUGGAUGGAUAAGCUGGUGGUGGAGUAUGCCAACGCCAUUUGCCAGUGGGAAAGGAAUAAGUCCCAGUGCUCAGACACGGAGCAGAUGGAGGCUGAGUUCGAAUGAGGCCUCCGGACUCUGGCGUGCUCCUGCAGCCCUCCUCUGGAACCCGCGGCUGUUUCAGGUCUCCCAUCUCCCUCAGUGACCUGGAUCUGACCUCAUACCAUCAGUGGGGGGUCCCCCCAUCAUGCAACCUGUCUUAAGUAGGCGGUUCUUCCUGGGAGCUCCAGGCUAUUUUUGUGCUUAGUUACGGGUUUUCUCCGUUGCGUUGUUAGCCAUGGUGGCAAGCUACAAGAUUCUCACCCUUCUGUCCAGCUUCAGUAUCUGAUUGCUUUCACGCCAGUUGUAUCUAGUUUUCCUAUUAAGGACCGCAUCUGAGCUGCGGUUUUGCUUUGCCAAUCAAAAGGCCUCUCUUUGAGAACUGUGAAGGAUGUAAGUCACUUGGUGAUGGUUGUCUGUGCCCUCAUAGAGUCCUCAAUAAGAAGUCAGCAUCUCUGACCAAUGCUGAAGAAAGGACUUCGCUUUGGAAGUCUGAGAGCCUGGUGCCUCCUGGGCCUGAGUUUUGCCACUGAAACAAAAGAAAUUUCUUGAGUCUAAAGCCAGUUCCUUCUCACCGUCUUCCUGAGACACCUUCCUCCCGCCUUGCUGCUGCUGCUGCUGCUGCUGCUGCUGCUGCUGAGAGUUGCGUGGGGCACUUGUCUAAAAUUUCAGCCUCUCGGAUCCCUCCCCUCGGAGAGGCUGACUCAGUGGGUUUGGGGAGGAGGGGUCUGGGGAUUUUAAUUUUUGACAAGUGCCCCAGGGAAUUCUCAUCACCCAGCAAACUGAGGGAAACCCCAUACUGUAAUACAGCCCCUUUAAAUUAGGAACAUCUUGGUGGCUCAUUUAAUUGACAUUAAUAAGCCACAGUGUCUCUUUGCUCCCAGAGACCUCUGAAGCAGCACCGUCUGUUGUAUGACUCCCUUUGUGUGAUCUCAAUGCUGUGUCCCUAAAAGAGAGAGGACAUUUGGGUUGAGCCUUAGCUCUGCUUCUUCCCAGAUGUGUGACCCUGGAUAAAUCCCUUUGGACUUGAUUCUCUUCCCCUAUUAAAUGGGGAACUUGGACCAGAUAGAUUGCUGAGAUGACCACCCUUUCUAAAGUCCAGCGACAAACUCGGUAUACUGAGGUUUGAGUGAACCUCCCUCUUGGGGAGCCUGGGAGCAAAUGACAGGGCUUGCAAUCUUUCUCCUUUCCCCACUUCACAUAAAGAGAUUUAGAGUCUUAAUCACUCACUUGUGAUUUUGGGUUUUCAUCCCAGGUCCAUGUCACUCUGAGUUUUGAUACCAAACAACUCAAAAGUCGGAUCUGAGUUUGGAGACAUGGAUUUCCAGCUGAGAGGGCAGGGUAUUCUUUUGAAGUCAGCGUGUGAUUCAAUAGCCUCUGUGUGUUGUCUGUUGGGUGAGGCUUCCCAAGCUGUCUGCUCGAGUGGGUGCGUCACUCUGGGGCUCAAGUCCUCUUCUCCUAUCCUUGUGGCGCUUGAAUCCCUGAGAACCUUCACUUUGAAAAAUCCGCAGCUGCUCUCUGGAAUUAAAUGGACCUGUGAAUGAAUUGCCUGGAUACUGUUUAAAAAAAAAACAUAUAUUUUUUUUUUCUCUGCUUCAUCUUCUUUGGCUCCAGGACUGAAUGAAAUAGAGUAGUGGGUCUGUGUGGAUAUUUAUGGAGCCACCUGUACCCCCGAACGCCAGUCCUCAGGGCUGCAGGUGCAAUAGAGACUGUGACAGGAAUGUCUGUAUACUGCAGAGCUGCUCCCUGAAAAUCACUAGGUCACCCCGUAACGUCCUGAAUGGACAUUCUCCCGGAACACUGAGCUGGCUGAGGUCCCCAGUUUCCUUUGCUAUAAUCUCUUCACGCUCAACAAAUUCUGUCACCGUGUCCCACCAAUGGUUGUCAUUUUUCUGUUGCUUUUUUUUUUUUUAUGUUCCCUUGGCACAGAUUGGCACUUUAUCAUUCAUCCCUCAAUUUGGAAGCUAACUCUUCUCUGUCAGUUUUCUCUCCGCCCAACUGCAGCUGUUAGGGGACUCACAGAGUUCCUGCUGCUGCCUUUAUCCCUUAAGACUUGGAAAGAAAGCCAUAAGGGAAUAGAGUUGUCACCAUCCCUAGUAAGGGGCUCCCUCCAUUUGCCUGAGGUCAUCAGGACUCUUUCCAAGUCCUGACUGAGCAGUAGCUUGGGUACCACCUGCUUCAGAGAAAAGUCGCCCUGUUGUCACACCUAGGAGGAUGUGGGGGACUGUCCUGGAAGCCUGAUCUUUGCAGCAGGCCUGGAGGCCCACCAAAGAGAGGCAGAGCUGGGGCGCAGCCUUUGUUGCCACACCACUGGAAGUCCAGCCCCUAGGACUGGGGGAGGGGACUUGUGCCAGCUGCAGCCUCCGCAGUGUGCGGCUCUGAAUGGCACUGGCAUUCCAUUUUGCUUCUCGUGAAAUCAACUGGAGCUCUUUAUUCCAGCCCCGGGCCCUCGGGCACGGAAAUGAGAGCGUGGCCAUGGCCGUCUGACAGGAGAGUUCUUGUUGGCCCCUGAAUGAGAGCACAGAAGCAUGAAUGUGGAGGUGGCAGCUUGCCUAAUGAAUGAGGGGACAGCCCUUCAUGUAGGUCAGCCCCUCCCCUUCCUCUGCGCUCCCUUGCUUUCUUUCCAGAGUCAUCCACUUCUAAUGAUGAUGUGUUGCCCGCUGGCUCUCAAGGACUGACUUGAACCAAAGACUGAAGUUGUGGGGAACAUUUGAAUAUUCUGUCUUAAAAAUCAGGAAUGUAAGUGAUAGAGAACUAGACAAGUCUAUGGCAGAAAUCGCAUUAAAACCCAAGUGCGGAAGGUACCGCACUACCCUAGCUGUGAUCCCUCCCUCCCAAAUAAUUGGAAGACAUUGUCUUCAGUCAAAUUAGCUUGGAAAAAAAAUAAAUGAUCAAGACCGUGUAGUUAGCAGGGAGGUUCCCAGGCUUGAGAACCUGUUUUUACUGCGAUGACUUCGCAUCGUCCACCCCUGAGCAGAAGGGCGGCGGGAAGUUUGCCAUACCGUCCGUAUUCUUUUCAUUUCUGUGGCAUCUCACAGUUACGGGGACCUUAGGAGCUCCUGGGAUGUUCCCGAAGGGAGGUCUUCCUUUGUUUGCAUGGCAUUCCAUUACCAGGGUCAGGAGCCCUGUCUUCUCGUCCCCAGUGGCUCUGACUCAUGUUGCAUCAUCUCUAAAACUGCUUUGUCCACUUCCGGAUCAUUUGCUCAGUCGCUCCUAACCAUUGUCUGAAGCUGCGGGUAGAAACAGGUGACUCGUGACCCCUAGGCUCUUCUUGAGAGGACUUGGAGAGAAGGGGCGUGCCCAUUCAGCUUGUCCUAGUCAGGACCCUGGACAGAGUCCAAAGCCGUCUUAGGCAUUUUCCUCGCCAUUCUGAGGGUGGUCCUGUGACCGUGACAGGCGAGGGCCACCAGUCAUAAGGAAAGCACCUCCGGCCUUCAGUGUGACCAGGCAAAGCGUGGAUGGUUGCCAGAAGUCCUUCCUGUGCAGGCUGGUUCUGAACCCAGACUGCCCUCAGUGGAGCCUUCUGGGUAGCUGAGCUGAGAAGGCUGGCAUCCGGAUGAGAGCUCUCUUUGUAAGUGGCUGACUUGAGGUAGAGUUUGCCAGCUCUGGGGACACAAGCACAUGUGUUCUUGUUUGUGUUUGCCCCGGAAGCAGGUGCUGGAGAUGGGGGAGGCUUCUCUUUUCCCAUGGCCUUGAUUCUGACUUUGAGUGACAGUUUGGACAGAAGAAGAAAUUGGAAAAACAAACAAACAAAGUGGAGUUGGAAGGUCCUGCGUUUCUCUGUAGACAUACAGGAAAGUUGUUAGGGAGCAUGUCACUUCGGCGUCCUGUCACGGUCUCACCUGGAACUGUUUUCCUUACCCAGAAAGCCUUAACUUGCCUCUAGAAAAUCCCCUGGUAUGACAACACUGACUGAAGAAUUCAAACUCUUCUGCUUUGAAAGUUUGAAGCCAAGCCACAGUCAGCCAGAGAAUUUCCUCAGGUGGCCCGGAGGCUCCUGUAACGUCCCCCCCACCUCUCACCCCCACCAACACGAGCGGUCUGGAACCGCCCCUCCACCUGUCUUCUUUGCCUUACUCUUCUCAAAGCCACUUUGGAUCCCUCGGAUGCUCGGCAUUGAGAUGGCAAGCGGUUAGGGACCAGGCUUCUUCCACCUGGUAUCUAAGCAAAGGACAAUGUCCCCUCCUCAUAAACCAGGACUGUUUGUCCUGCACUGUAGCUACAGCUAAGGACACAGGAGCAGGCCUCUGCUGGCUAAGGAACCAGAACGGCACCCAGAGCAAAGGCUGUCCCCCCGGCCUGUCUCUGCUGCCCCCAGGUGCUUUGCCACAGCCCGGCAUCCUCUGGUCGUGGGCCUUAGAAGCAGGCCACACAGUCCGGCUUGCCAACAGUCCCCAGACACCCAGAACCUAGACCGCUGUCCCUUUUGGAAGAGUCCGUCCUCCAUGUUUUCCAACUGUGUUCCUAGCUUGUGUGUAGGUAGAGCUUUCACCGAUGCCUAAUACAGAAGUUGAAAUUAAUUUCUAAUUGGUAGAUUAAGUCUGACACCCUGAGUCUCGUGAAAGUUCUCAGCCUCUAACUAGACUCUUGUCAGCAAAAUCCAUAACCUUCUGUCUCCCCGUUCUGGUCCCCUUUAGCCAAGUAAUCUUCUAUUGCCAUAAACUGGGGACGGGCCACUUCUGACACCUGCAGAAGUACCCUCAGUCUAAGUGGGCAUUCUGCCCCCAGACCACACCCACAGAGCAGUCAACGUCACCUAAAACAAUUGCCAACCUCCUUGGUCCUCAAGGCCAAUCACUGCUCUCUCAGGCUGCUCCCAUGCAGGAACCCAGUUCCUGGCUAGAGGAGCUAGGCUCACUUUGAUCUCCAUUUUGGUCUCUUUAGUUUCCCUAAAGCACAAGUCGGUGUAGAAUCCUGUCACCUCCCCAUCCCCACACCCGUUCCAGGUGACCUGGGUCUCUCCCACAGCCUCAGGCAGACCUUCACUGUACCUGAGUCACUUUCCCCCCACUGCCGUGGCCUUAGUGACCCAGGGCUGGGGUGGGGGAGGAGGCCAGCUCGCCUCCCUCCAUUCCCCCUCCCCCCCCAAUUCCAACCAACCACAUUCUUGCGUUGGCAGAACUGCUUCCAGACUGAUUUUUGAGAACCAUCACUUUCACAUUCCUGAUUCUCACUCAUUUCGUUUUGUUCCCUUUGGGUUUUGCGGAACUCCAGAUGCUGCCCUGGAAAUACCGUAUUUUGGAGUCCGUGCUCUGAAAGCCCCUGCCUGUGCUGCUGCGUCUUUUGACUCCCCCAGCACCAGGCGUUUCGGACUUGCACUUAGCAAUGCAACUUUUUCUAAAUACUAGGAUAUUUACCUUUAUUAAGAAAUUAUACUAAGCGACGGCGUCCUUGAUUGUUUUAUGUUCUCGUGUUACUUUUGAUUCUCCUUUGAUUCCGUGUGGUGGUGAACAACAAAGAUCAUUACAAACAAAAACUGUAAUUUUGUUAUCUUUGAUUCAAUGGAAUUUCUUUACUUAAAAUAAAGAGUAAAAAGUGUA